GCAGCAUGGCAGCCGCUGCAGAAGGCGGAGCCCGGCCCUGACCUGUGAGCAUCACAUCAACCCCAACCCCCAUCCGAUCUGAGAGCUGAAGAUUUUCCAACUCCUAUUUACAUUUUACCCGAUUCUGUACCUGGUUACAUUUUACUCCCGCCUCUGCCCCUCUUCGCCUUUGCCUUCUGGUACACCGGUAUUUUAUGGUGUAUCGCUCUCGCCUGGUUGUGUAAGGUGCGCGAGGAUCCCACGCACCGAGAUCUGGUCGCCAUGGAGUACAUCCGAAUGCCCAAGGUGGAAAAUGUGCGCUUCAUUGAUGGAAUGUCUUCCAAAAGAACUGCAUUAGGGACUCUGUAUCUAACAGCCACUCAUGUCAUCUUUGUAGAAAAUGAGCCAGUCAAUCGUAAGGAAACAUGGAUUCUUCACAGCCAGAUCUCUUCAAUUGAGAAACUUGCUACAUCAGCUUCUGGUUGCCCAAUGCUGAUUCGUUGUAAGAACUUCCAGAACAUUCAGUUCAUCAUGUCUCAGGAAAGAGACUGCCAUGAUGUUUACAUUUCUCUGAUACGUCUGGCACGCCCAGUGAAAUACGAAGAACUGUACUGUUUUUCUUUCAAUCCGAAAUUAAACAAAGAAGAACGAGAGCAAGGCUGGAAUCUGACAAACUUAAUGGCAGAAUACAAUCGUAUGGGAAUUCCAAAUAAUUACUGGCAGAUUAGUGACGUCAAUAGAGAUUAUCGUGUCUGUGAUUCAUAUCCUACUGACAUCUACGUACCCAAAUCAGCCACUGCUCAUAUCAUUGUGGGAAGCUCUAAAUUUCGUAGUAGGAGGCGUUUUCCGGCACUUUCCUACUACUACAAGCAGAAUAAUGCUUCCAUAUGUCGCAGUAGUCAACCUCUAGCAGGUUUCAGCGCUCGAUGCCUGGAAGAUGAACAAAUGCUACAGUUGAUCCGAAAGGCAAAUCCUGGAAGUGAUUUUAUCUAUGUUGUUGAUACACGCCCCAAACUCAAUGCAAUGGCAAACCGAGCAGUUGGAAAAGGGUAUGAAAAUGAAGACAAUUAUUCCAACAUCAAGUUUCAAUUCAUAGGUAUUGAGAACAUCCAUGUUAUGCGAAGCAGUCUCCAAAAAAUGCUUGAAGUCUGUGAGCUGACAUCUCCUUCAAUGAGUGAUUUCCUGUGGGGGCUAGAGAAUUCAGGCUGGUUGAAGCACAUCAAAGCCAUUAUGGAUGCGGGCAUCUUUAUCACAAAGGCUGUUGCAGAAGAAGGAGUCAGUGUUCUUGUUCAUUGUUCAGAUGGAUGGGACCGAACUGCUCAGGUUUGCUCUGUAGCAAGCCUUCUAUUAGAUCCAUAUUACAGAACUAUAAAAGGAUUUAUGGUAUUAAUUGAUAAAGAUUGGGUUUCAUUUGGUCAUAAAUUUAAUCACAGGUAUGGCAAUUUAGAUGGAGACCCAAAGGAGAUAUCACCAGUUAUCGAUCAAUUUAUUGAGUGUGUUUGGCAACUUAUGGAACAGUUUCCUUGUGCCUUUGAAUUCAACGAAAGAUUCUUGAUCCACAUACAACAUCAUAUAUAUUCCUGCCAGUUUGGAAACUUCUUAUGUAAUAAUCAGAAGGAAAGACAGGAGCUCAAAAUUCAGGAACGGACAUAUUCACUUUGGGCUCACUUAUGGAAGAAUCGUGCUGAUUAUCUGAACCCUCUGUAUCGUGAAGACCACAAUAGGACCCUUCAUCCACAAUCAGCACCCUCCCAUUUUAUCUACAAAUUUUGGAGUGGAAUGUAUAACCGUUUUGAAAAGGGACUCCAUCCAAGGCAGUCUGUUACAGAAUAUCUGAUGGCUGUGAAAGAAGAAACACAACAGUUGGAGGAGGAGCUGGUGGUAUUAGAAGAGAAACUGGCAAAACUUACAAACGGGCAAUUAAAUGAGGCAAAGAUAAAAAAUGAAAAUGGAAGCUCCAGUGACUGCAUGGCCAAAUCACUCCAAGAUUACACCUCCAAUCUCAAAUCAUUCCCUUCUCGGAGUCCUUCACAGGGAGAUGAAGAAGACUCAGCACUCAUCCUUACACAGGACAACCUGAAAAGCUCUGAUCCUGAUCUGUCAGCCAACAGUGAUCAGGAAUCUGGUGUGGAGGAUAUGAGUUGUCGGUCCCCAGGUGGAGGAGGCUUACCCAGUGAAGAUAGCAUUAGAGACCAUGAUUCAGAUGAAGCUGUUUUUCUCACUCUCUGAGUGAUAAAUCAGUAGAUUAUUAAAGACUACUUAUAAAAAGUUCCAAAGAAAGGGAUUUAUGCACUUAAAAGAGUCCAUAUGUGACAAAGUAAUAAUAGCAGCUAUAGCAAUAGCAGUUAGACUUAUAUACCGCUUCAUAGGGCUUUCAGCCCUCUCU